AUGGAGGUCACGGGCAGCACCUACCUCGGGGACUAUGUGCAUGGCAGGAUUGAAGGGAAAGGCCGCUACACUCUCCCAACUGAAACCAAAUAUAAUGGCACAAUGAAAGAUGGAAUGUUUCAUGGCAAAGGAACCUUGUAUUUUCCUAAUAGAAGCAAAUAUGAAGGAAUCUGGGACUGCGGAAUAUCGAAAGAGGGGAAAUACACCUUUGCAGAUGGUCUUGAAUUCAAAGAUAAAAAAUGGCAUUAUUGUGAUGGCUAUGACAGAAGAUUUUAUACAGAAAUCUGUUCCGGCCUAAAACCAGCAGGUAUCUCUCAGCUUACAAAUUUAGAUCCUCCCAGAACGAUUCCACAAGGCUGUUAUGACUGUGGUGAUGGAUUCUAUAAUACUAAUACCAGAGUUGUCAUUGACUACAAACUCAGGUUUUUGAGGAACGCAGGGCUGGCAAACUUACUUCUCCUGAAAAGCAAGCGAAGACAGGUGAAGAAAAAGUUGUGCUCAGCUCUGUACAUACAUAUCGACGAUGAUGAACAUGAAUGGAUCAUUCGCACCUGUCGGAAAGGCUGGGAUGAAAUAACUGGAUUUAAACCUAAACAGUGA